CAUCAGUCAAAGUUUUGGUGACUGAGCAGUGUUGAAUCAACUUGGAAGAUGAAUUUCAUCAUUUUAUUUUUCACCUUGCUGUUCAGCAGCUUUAUUUUGGCGCAGGAAGGAGACGAAACUGCUCCUAGAAAUUCUGAACUCCUGAAAGUGAUCGGUGACAUGAAAGACAAACUAAGCGCUAUGGAAACGCAGAUUCUGGAACUGAAAAACAAAGAGAGAACCACGGUGGUAUUCACUGCAGCUGUAGGAGGAGGGGACGUGGCCUUUGGACCGUUCAAGACAGAAACAACUUUAAUCUACAAAACUGUCAAAACAAACAUCGGCAACGCCUACAAUCCAUCAACAGGUAUCUUCACUGCACCUGUUUCAGGUGUUUAUUACUUUACCAUCUUCUAUCAUGCUGGAGGGGAAUCCAGGGUACACUUGAAUGUCUACAAGAACAAUGAACAUAUCCUCUUGACGUCUGAUCACCCGUCAGAUUCUGACACAGCUGAUAACGGAGGAAAUGCAGCGUUCCUGCAGCUGCAGUCAAGAGACCAGGUGUAUGUGCGCAUGGGUAACAACUCACAUGUUUGGGGACAUGACUCCCAUACAACCUUCAGCGGUUUUCUUGUCACUCAAAUGUGAGAAUCAAUGCACUACACAUCUAUUAAUUUCUGAAUGAAGAUGUUUAAAUGUAUGAAAAUCUGGCAAACAUGUAUGUGCAAAUCUGUUGAACCAGAUGGUAGUUGCUUAAAUAAAUUAGUGAGUUUAACAUGAGACUCGUAUUAUGCUGAAUUAACCCUUUAUCAGGCAAAGAACUAUAUUUGGUAACUUCAGGUAAUAUUUUGAGAAAAAAGUUGCCAAUUUACUAGAUUAAAGUGUCAAAUCUACAAGAAAAAAAGGCGCAGAUUUAAGAGAUUUAAAGUGGCAAAUCUGCACGAAAAAAGUUGCAGAUUUACGCGAAAAAAGUGGGCAAAAAAGCAACUUUUUUCUCCCAGAUUCACCAUUUUAAAUCUCAUAAAUCUAUGCAUUUUUUCUCUCGUAGAUUUGCCACUUUAAUCUCGAAAACUUUUUAAUCAAAAAUAUUAUUUUCGUAUGUUUUUUUUUACACAUUCUGGCAGUAUGUAAUAUCCUCCAAUAUUCUCUAGGGUUGAAAUUUGGAAUUUGCAAGUAUUACAAUGAGUGUCCUAUUAAGGGUUAAUGCUUUAAUUUAUUUGGAAAAUUGUAGAAAAGAAGAUAUUGCUGCUCCAGUAAAAUUGUUUUGUUGUAGGUUUUUCCACAUACAAAGAGACAAAAGAUGAAUUAAAACUGUGAACAUCCCUUUGAUUGCUGUGAAACUUUGGUUUCUUUGCUCUGGUGGUGAUUUAGAUCGCCAGUGUUAACUUAGCUUAUGUCUUUUGACUGUGUCAGUGUUAUCAUCAUGUUUUGAUUGGUUUAUGCUACAGUACAAUGCAAAUAAUAAAGUUUAAUUUUUAUCUCAAUCUGAGUUCUCAAGUGGUGUCAUAUCAGUGCUGAUCCAUAUUACAGUUCAAAAUGACUUUAGAGCCGUGUCUGUAAGGCCUGCACACUUUUCUUGGCUAUCAAAAAUAAUUUUUAACUCAAGUGUUAAAGUGCAUGUUUAUUAUUUUUUUAGUUAACGAAGGAUAGAAAUAAUUACUACAGUAGGUCAAGGUCAGACAGACAGAUACAUUUGAUAAAUGGACGGUGGACUGUGAUAACAUCAGGGAUAAUAAUAAAACCAUAAGUCCAAGACUU